UUUUUUCUUCAUACAAUAUGGGUAGAGGGAAAGUAGAAUUGAAGAGAAUUGAGAACAAAAUAAAUAGACAAGUUACCUUUGCAAAGAGAAGAAAUGGACUCCUAAAGAAAGCUUAUGAACUUUCUAUACUUUGUGAUGCUGAAAUUGCUCUUAUUAUUUUCUCUAGUCGUGGCAAGCUUUAUGAAUUUUGCAGCAAUUCAAGUAUGUCCAAGACAUUGGAGAGAUACCACAGAUACAAUUAUGGUACACUUGAAGGAACCCAAACUUCAUCAGAUUCACAGAACAACUACCAAGAGUAUUUGAAGCUUAAAACAAGAGUGGAAAUGUUACAACAGUCUCAAAGGCAUUUGCUAGGUGAGGAUUUGGGACAAUUGGGCACAAAAGACUUGGAACAGCUUGAACGUCAAUUGGAUUCAUCAUUGAGGCAAAUUAGGUCAACAAAGACACAACACAUUCUUGAUCAACUUGCUGAACUUCAACAAAAGGAACAAUCUCUUACUGAAAUGAACAAAUCUUUGAGAAUAAAGUUGGAAGAACUUGGUGUUACCUUUCAAACAUCAUGGCAUUGUGGUGAGCAAAGUGUACAAUAUAGACAUGAACAGCCUUCUCAUCAUGAGGGAUUUUUUCAACAUGUAAAUUGCAAUAAUACAUUGCCUAUAAGUUACGGAUACGAUAAUGUACAACCCGAAAAUGCAGCACCAUCAACACAUGAUGCUACUGGAGUUGUACCUGGAUGGAUGCUUUGAAUUUGGAGUAUAUGGAGAGAAAAAAUCCUCUUAGUUAUACAAGUUAUUUAUUUUUAUUAAAAAAAUAAGUUAGAUGGAGAAUUAUAUAUAUCAUACUUUAAAGAACUUAUAUUGUUUGAAUGUUUUAGCUAGCAAACACUUUGGAUUAUAUAUAAUAUUGUGAUAUAUUUAUUGUCAAGAAGAGUAUGGCAAUAUUGAUAACACUAUAUUUUUGAA